AUACUGGCUAGAGUCCGAUUAAAAAAGUUUCGAAGCUUCUCGAAGUGGCGUAGGUGUAGGUAAAGCCAAAGCCAAGAUACAUUUUUGACCAGAAAACCACUUCCUUCUUCAUCUUCUCAUCAUCGAGCAAAAGCAAUUUCGAUCUAAGAAUAGAAAUCAUGGGUUGGAUGACACGAUUCUUAGCUGCUGUAGCGUUCUUGGCUAUUGGAGUACUUUUUUCUCCAGAAACUUUCGGAUCAAAAUCAGAUGGUCAACAUUCUCCAAAGCUCGCAACUUAUCUGAAAUUGGCUCAUCUUCUAUGCUUUUCCACUGCCUUUGGUGCUGCUCUAUGGGUCACUUUCAUCGGUGGUAUCAUCAUGUUCAAGAAUUUGCCUAGGCAUCAGUUUGGGAAUCUGCAGAGUAAAAUGUUUCCUGCCUAUUUUUCCAUGGUAGGGGUGUGUUGUGCUGUGUCCGUGGGUUCUUUUGGGUACUUGCAUCCUUGGAAGACUGCCUCUGCUGCUGAGAAGUACCAACUUGGGUUUAUUCUUGCUGCAUUUGCUUUCAACCUUAGCAACCUCUUUGUCUUUACUCCUAUGACCAUUCAGAUGAUGAAGCAAAGGCAUAAGAUAGAAAGAGAGGCAAACAUCGGGGAGGAAGUUGGGUGGACUAAAAACCAGGAAGUUGCAAAGGUUAAUCCAAAGCUUUCCGCAAUGAACAAGAAAUUUGGGAUGAUUCAUGGCCUAUCUUCCCUUGCUAACAUUUUCUCCUUCGGUUGCCUCGCAAUGCAUACUUGGUACCUGGCAGGAAAAUUGGAUCUCUAAGUUUUUUAGAUAUGUCCGGUGCCAGAGAUACUAAAAUUGCUUUAUGAAUGUAUCUAUCUGCUACUUUGAACCAUUACUCUAGUGGCUUCUGUAUUGUGUUAAAUGUAGCUCGACACCAAGCAGGAAUAAAAAUAUACACGUUACCAAGUCUACAUGUGAUAGGUUCUGUUGGAACUGGAUGAUCCUAUUUGGUCAAAUACCUAGCGACAAAUUUCUAUAUUUCUAAACAAGUUCAUGGAUAACAUACCUCAAGGUUUUCGUCUUGAUGAGAUUGAUAUCCAUUGAUGAUCGUGACCAUGAUACGAAGCUGGAAUUGCUAAUUAGGAUGAAUGGCCUAAUUGUGGAUAUGAUGUUGGAGAUAGACUGGUUUUAUAUCACCAUUUAAUUUGAAUUUCAAACAUUCAUG